AUGGAUAAGCUGGCAAGAAUGGAGUCCCAUACCAGAGUUCAGGAAAAAGGUCGCGUUCAUUUGAUAUCGCACGGAUCUAACAGAAUGAAGUCAAUUUGGCCUGGAGAACGGGACAGGUGGAAAGAUCUCUGUCAUGUAACUGUCUUCUCGAAACAUUUGCAGGCAAGUUCCGACUUGGGUGUAAUGACGAAAGAGAAAGAGGCAGAGAUGAAGAAUGGGCGAAAGGAGAAAGGGAAGCGAAUGGCCGAAGCUGCACAUGUGUGCACGCAAAAGUACAGAAUGGCUUGGAGUGCCGGAGAAAGUGGAAACCGACAGGGUUUUCAUUGGAAGCGAUGUGAUUGA